AUGGCAGCCGCCGAAGCCCUCUUGCCGUCGGUUCUCUUUUGGACCAAGCCACUCCCAGAUGAUGUAUGCCGAGUGACAACUCAGCCACUGCAUGGGUUAGAGGAGUUUGUGAUUUUGGGGGUGGGUCGGGAGCAUCAGUCUCCGCGACCAGUUCCCCAACCGUCAUUAUUCACUACAUGGGAAGCAGCAUCAGCAGAAGUUGACAAGUACUUUGGAUGGACCCCCGAGGAACUUGAGAUCGUCGGUGAUGAAGGACGGCUGGUGGAGGCCUUACUCUCUGGUCAUCUUUGCGUGAUAAGCGACGGAUCAUACAAGCGAGCCCUGGGAACGGCAGCCGUCCAACUACUCCCACGACAAGGGGAGAAGGACCGCGUCAUUGUUUGGUGCCAGACUCCCGGAUUGCCCCAGGAUCAAAGCGCCUAUCGGAGUGAACUGAUCGGCUUGCUUGCAGGCAUCAUGGUUGUUGACUGGUUGCUCCAACAGUGGGCGCCUAAGCUCCAAUCUAAACCCCGCGUCAGGAUAGCGUGUGAUGGGUUUUCCGCUCUUCUCAAUACCUUUGGUGAUCAUCGAGUCUCCCCUCA